AUGGACAGUCCACACGAACAGGUCCAGAAUGCGUUGUUGUCGCGUAUAGUGAACAAUAUGGGUAAUUUGAAUGAUUCUAUAGCCAGUAUGAAUGAAUCCUUACGUGAAAUCAAUAAGAACAACAGAGAUACUGAGUUGUUAUCUAAGAUGUGGAGUAACUAUUCCAAGAAUUACGAAUACAACUUACAAGCUACUGGGGAAAAACGUGAACCAAUAUAA